AUGGCCUGGUAUGACCAAACCGUGGAGUUUCUCUCCGAUUCCAUCGCGAAUCCGCGCACCCAAGUUCCCCUCCUCGCCGUAACAGGGGCAUCCUUUACUCUGGGUCUUCUUCUGCGAUCACUUUUGCCUCAAGGACAUCCUGAAGGGAUCGUUCUUCCCUCACCACGGAACAAAGUCUUAUCGCUGUCGGAUGCGGAGAAACGUGAGCUUCCUCUGCCAACGGAUGUCCUACCCGGAGCACGAGAUGUGUCGACGCCAUACGGAUCAAUCCGUGUUUACGAAUGGGGCCCGGAGGAUGGACCCAAGGUAUUGUUCGUCCAUGGAAUCACUACUCCCUGUAUUGCCUUGGGCGGUGUGGCCCAUGAUCUAGUCGAUAAGGGUUGUCGAGUCAUUCUAUUUGAUUUGUUUGGAAGAGGUUACUCUGACUGCCCCUCUGACAUCCCUCAAGAUGACCGACUCUUUGCGAGUCAAAUCUUUCUCGCCUUGAGCUCGUCCCCAGUUUCGUGGACUGGUGCUGGAUCGGGCAAAUUUAGUCUUGUUGGCUAUUCCCUUGGUGGCGGAAUUGCGGCAGCUUUUGCAUCGUACUUUCCGCAUCUCAUCUCGUCACUGGUGAUGCUCGCUCCUGCAGGGUUGAUUCGCGAAUCCCAAAUCAGCUUCCAGUCACGCCUUCUUUAUUCGCGUGGUCUCGUUCCCGAAAAGGUUCUUGGGUUCCUCGUAGGUCGCCGCCUCCGUGCAGGCCCAUUAGUUACCCCUAAGCCCAAGGACCAUAAGCUCAAUGCGGCGGAUGCACUUACCGAGGAGCUUUCUACGCAGGGUGCACCUGUUGAAGUGUUAUCCCGGGCGUAUCCCCAUGUUACAAUCUUGAAUGCUGUUCAAUGGCAAGUGAAUAACCAUGCUGGCUUCGUCCAUGCCUUCAUGUCCAGUAUGCGAUAUGGACCAAUUUUGCGGGAAAGACAGUGGGAUACCUGGACACGUCUAGGCAAGUUCCUUGCAUCCCAGAAGAGUCUUCCUGUGGAAGAACAGAAGCAGAAGGGUCUUCCAAGUGACAAGGUAUUCAUUCUGUGCGGCAACAAUGAUUCCAUUAUCGUCAAGGAGGAGCUCGCCCCUGAUGCUACUUCGGCUCUUGAUGAAAAUGUGCAGUUGAGAUACUACGACGCGGGACAUGAAUUCCCUAGUACAAAAUGCAAGGAAGUCGCGCAGCAGAUUUGGGAAAUAUUGCAUUGA